ACUUGUAUCAAAAUCUAUCAAAGUCGAAAUCGGAAAAAUGUUGAUAAUGCCAAUAGGGCUGGUUUAUUUCAUUUGUUAUGUUUAAGUGCCUGCUGUUGAUAGAUAUCAAUCGAUUUUCCUAAUCUCCAGCCACUCAGCCGGGCUCAGUCGUUAGUGUUGAUACAGUUUUAAAAUGCAAUUUCGGUCGAUUGAUUUUAUUCCUACUGAAAUAAAAGUUUUAAUUGUGCUGCUUUCGUCAGUAACAUCUAUUUACUGUCGAAGUUAUGUGGAACCUGGGUAUUACCCUGGCUACUAUAACAGAGGCCAAGAAAAUCACUAUGCUAAGAUACAAACGGCUUUGGAAAAGCUAGACCAUGCUCCAGAAUGGGUCCCCGAGUGGCCGGAUCGCUCAGUGAACCUCGGGCAGGUGUCAGCAGUGGCACUGGACAACUCAGGGAGACUGGUGAUCUUCCACCGGGCUGCCAAUGUGUGGGAUGCCACCACAUUUUAUAUGGACAAUGUGUAUAAGGGCAUAACUACUAAACCUAUUCCAGAACCCACUCUGCUAGUUUUCAAUGAUACAGGAUCCAUUGUUGAUAAAUGGGGUCAGAACUUAUUCUACAUGCCGCACGGUCUGACCAUAGACACGCAGGGCAACUACUGGGUGACAGAUGUGGCCAUGCACCAAGUGUUCAAGUUCACCGCUGGAGACAGGACCAAACCACAACUUGUACUUGGAGAGAAGUUCGUGCCCGGCGCAGACGAGACUCACUUCUGCAAGCCGAGCGGCGUGGCGGUGCUGGGGAAUGGAGACUUCUUCGUGUCUGACGGCUACUGCAACACCAGGGUCAUCAAGUUUAAUGCCGAGGGGCAGCGGAUACUGCAGUGGGGGAGAGACAGCAGCGACUCCCCUUACUCGUUCAAUCUGCCACACGCGCUCACUUUGGCCGAGGACAAGGGGCAGGUGUGCGUGGCGGACCGCGAGAACGGACGCGUGGCCUGCUUCCGAACUGAUAAUGGCACUUAUGUGGCGAGUUAUAAGAACUGGCUGAUCGGGCCAAGGGUGUUCAGCGUGGCCUACUCGCCGGUGCAUGGAGGCCGCUUAUACGUGGUGAACGGCCCCGGAGCCACGGUGCCCGUCCGCGGCUACGUCAUCGACUUCUCGAGCGGCCGCCUCAUACAGACCUUCGCCCCACAAGGAGACUUCCACAACCCGCACGACGUCGCCGUCUCGCCAGAUGGCGCUGACGUCUACGUCGCAGAAAUCAACCCGUACAAAGUGUACCGGUUCUCAGAAGAAUCACUCCGCAAUGAGAGUCUGAGCAAGGAGGUUGUAAAGAGCGACGAGGUCGUGCCCGUCAAGCCGACGGCCACAGUGGAGAGCAGCUCCCUAGCCCCGGCCUCCUGGGGCUUAUGGCGCGGCGCGGCGGGCGGCGCGGGCGGCGCCCUAGUAGCCGCGGCGGUGGUCGCGGCCAUACUGGCGCUGCUGAGGGCCAGGAACCGCGGUCGUAAAGGCGCGCCGCGGCGUCGCUGGGAGUACGGGCACGGGGAGUUCAAGCUACGACGGCUGCUGGAGCGUAGACGCUUCACCAGAGUACAUUCCGAGGACUCCGACGAUGAACCAGCACCCAUGCUGCCCCCACAACCCCCCGCCAACGCCUGAUACCUACACUGCUACAUCUAGGAUACCAUAGAUCCCCACAGAUUAGAGGAAGCCAGAGAGUAUACGGUGAGAUGCCGCCAUCUUGAAUCAUCUGUCAGACGCUCAAAGACUUUGAAAGUGGAACAGCCAUUGCAAAUGGAGGUUAAGUUGAUUUAUGCCUUCGGUUUUAGCGUUCUAUUCGGCUUCUUUCGGCCACGGAGUUUUUCUUUUCAUAUAUUUUGACAUGGAAAAUCACCAAUUCACAUAGACUAAUUUAGUACUGUGCGUAUGGGAUAUAAACUGGUCACACUGAAAAAUACAAAGAGUAAUAGAGAUAAAAGAUAAAAAUUAUUAUUUCGGUGCCCACCAUAAAAUAGAAUUCAUUUUUUUAAAGAAAAUCAAAAGAUAUGGUAGUAACACCUAAACUUAUAGGUAGGUAGUUCGGUAUUUAGAUAAGAAAUUACUUUAAACAUUAUGACGUUGUAUCAAAUAUAUUUUUCAGUGUGCCCAGUUGAUCUUAUACAGACUUAUUUUGAGCUUAUUAUAACUAUCACAUACGCUGAAAUUACUUUUAUCACGAGGCCGGAUGAGUUGUUAUUUGAUGUGUUUUGUUGUAUAAAAUAGGCCUAUUCAAAUUCGGCGUAUAGAAAAUAUCUUCCAAUAUAUUGUAUGAUGGCCUAAAAAAUUGUAGCUACCUUUAGAUAAUUUAUUUAUGAUCUCAGUUUUUAUGAUAGGGUAGAUUAUAUUUCGACUUUUC